AUGUGAAACUGUACCCUGAAGAUGGAGAGUCAACAACUAUUCUCAACUUCAAGAGGGGUAUCGUCUCUGCCUUGGCGGUGCCUGCACUGCAAGAGGACAAGAACAAGUACAUGCCCACUAUCCACGGCAAGUGCAGGACCUCCUACAAUAUCAACGCCAGAGAGGACAUCAUCACAGACAUCAGUCUGAAGAGGGAUUUGUCCAGAUGUGACAAAUUUGUGCCAAUCAGAGAUCACAACAGCCCUCUGGCACUCAUCACAGGCAUGCACUACCCCUUAUCUCAGCUGGUCAGAAGCUCCCAAACCUGCAACUACAAGUUUGACAAUGAGAAGAAGCACAUGACUUCUGGUUCCUGCACAGAGACUCACAUCCUCAUCCCAUUUUCACACAAAGGCAUACAUGGAGUUACUAAUGUCGGAAAACAAGAACUUACUCUGGUUCAGAUGUCAGCUCACAACGACAGAGUUUUUGACCGCGGUGACAUUGUGAAGGAUCUUCACAUGGAGGCAGUGAAGGACAAAAGUGCCAUCCAGGACAAAGAAGCAGCGCUGACUCUCAUGAGAGAACUGGUCGCCCUGCCCGAUGAUGAAGGCGAGAGGAGGGCCCACCUCUUCCAAAAGAUUGUCUCCGUAGUCCGUGGAAUGAAGACCGAAACCCUGAGCCCUGCUGUUCCUGAGGCUCUGGGCGUGUGCCGCUUCCUGACCUACCAGGUUCUAGCUCAGUGUGGAACCCCUGAAUGCAGCAGUGCCAUCAUGCAGAUCCUCAGGACCUUUGACAGCACCUCCCUGGAGGUUGAUGCAUCUGUUUUUGCUCUGGGAUUCAUGGCUAACCCCUCAGCCCUCCUGAUCAACGACAUGCUGCAGAUGGCAAAGUUUAAGUCCAGCAAGCCCAUCAUGUACGCCUUG